GUAUGUAUUUGGUUAACUAUGAUGUACCUACAUUAAUUGUAAACAUUAUAUUUUUGUGAUGAAGUGAGUUUGAAAUUUAUUUAUUUAAUUUUGUCAACUAGCAUCAAUAAUUAAUAUCAAAUACAAAUGUUCAUAAACCUAGCAUGCGAUUAAAUUAAAUGAAAAGUCAAAAUAAUGUUGAAUAUAAAAGGUUGGUAAAUACUGCUGGCAGAAGUUUCUCCGUGUCAAAGCAGCCAAGAAGGUUACAAAGUUCAAGUUAGUUCAAAAUAACUGAAAUGGGAGAGUGUAUCAAAUUGUAUUAAAAAAGAUUUAGGUUAUGUCAUACUAAAACUUGAUGAUUAAAAAGUAUAGUACUCAAUUAGUUGAAGUCAUUAACAUGCACUGGCAGUUAAGUUUUUGGAAAUAGAGCUUAUUUUAAUAUUCAUACAAAAUUAUUGAAUAAUGUGGUCAUGUCAUGCGGUUACAGUAGAUGUCAUAGUGUCGAAGUGAACACAUGAGUCGCCACACUGUAGAAAAACUUUUUGAGUGCAUCCACUGCAAGAAGGCUUUUGUGGAGAAGACCCAACUUGUGCGCCACAUGCGUGGUCACACCGAUGACCAGCGCCACGUGUGCGCAGUUUGCAGUGCCAGCUUUUCGGAGCGUGCCGGGCUGGUCAAGCACCUCCGGGUGCACUCUGGCGAGAAGCCACACUUUUGCCAGGUGUGCGGCAAGUCGUUUGCACAGCGGGAGUUCCUGGCGCGGCACGCGAGGAUUCACACGGGCGAGCGCCCGUUCCUGUGCAACUCUUGCGGCAAGACGUUCUCGGACAGGUCGACCGCGAUCAAGCAUGCCAGGCUGCACGCAGGGCUUCGUCCGCACACCUGCUCUGUCUGCGGCCGCUGCUUCACCCAGAAGCAACACCUGUCCGGUCACCUGAGAACCCACGCCGGGGAUAAGCCCCAUGGCUGUGACACGUGUGGGAAGAAGUUCGGACGCAAGAGCGACCUCACCGUGCACGUCAGGCGCCACACGGGCGAGCGGCCGCACGAGUGCGACACGUGCAAGAAGUUGUUCCUGGAUCGUUCGCACUUGGUGCGUCACCAGAAAGUGCACUCGGGGGCCAAGCCCCACGUCUGUCACUUCUGCGGGCGGUGCUUCUCGGAGAAGGGUCACCUGGACGGGCAUUUGCGUGUGCACACGGGUGAGCGGCCCUACAGCUGUGCGGUGUGCCUGCACAGCUUUGCCGACCGUGGCACGCUCGUCAACCACACGCGCAUCCACACCGGUGAGCGACCGUUCGCUUGCACGACGUGCGGCAAGGCAUUCGCCCAGAAGGGCUCUUUGCUGAAGCAUGAGCGCAUUCACAGUGGGGAAAAGCCUUAUUUCUGUGCUGUGUGCAAGAAGAACUUUGCAGAUAAAGGUUACUUUAUGAAACAUUGUAGACUUCAUACAGGAGAGAAUGUGUACACAUGCACUUUAUGUGGAAAGUUUUUUGCCCAGCGUUGUCAUUUGGUCAGACAUUCCAAACUUCACUUAGGAACACAUAGUGUUACAGAUUUGGUUCUCAGUCAAAUCAUAUAAAUAUUUAAUCUAAUAAUGUGAUUGAUUUCUGUUACUGUUUUUUCUUGACAUUGUCUUUUUUUCUGAGAAGUGUGAAGGCCUCUGCUCAGUGAUGAUGAUGAUGUUGAUGAUGAUAAUAAUAAUAAUAAUAAUAACAAA